AUGGGGCAAAGCAAAUCUAGACAAAACUUGAAUAGUUCUAUUCCAAAACCUUCUUCAUCCCAUCAUUCAAUGCUUAGACCAUUAGCCACUAGAAUAAGAACAUUUGCAACUAAAAUGACUACACCAGGACCAAUAGAAGAAGUAAUUACUUCAAAACUUCAAAAAGAAUUUAAUCCAAUUUCUUUAAAAAUUAGAAAUGAUUCACAUAAACAUGCUCAUCAUAGAGCUAUGGAUGAUGUUACAAAUAGAACUGAAUCUCAUUUCCAUAUUGAUAUUGUUAGUGAGAAAUUUCAAGGGAAAAAUCAACCUUCAAGACAUAGAUUAAUUUAUAGUUUAUUAAAAGAUGAAAUUGAUAAUAAAGGUGUACAUGCUAUACAAAUGAAAACUAAAACUCCUGAAGAAGUGAACAAAUAA